UUUCCUUCCCUCUUGUUCGCAGAAGCCGCUGUGGCAGAUCACCCGGUAGAUAGUGUUUUACCAGCCCAGUGUCAGUGAUAGUCUCAUAAGACUGUGAUCAAGAUGAGUCAGGCCAUGCAACGUUCAACUGUAUUGGUAUUUAAGCCCAAAAAUGUGGACGCCAUUCUCGGUUUUACGGGAUACAGAGCCGCAAGCACAUGGUGGUCAAAUGUGCCUAUGGGCCCACCGGAUGUGAUCCUGGGUAUCACGGAGGCCUACAAAAGGGACACUGACUCUAGGAAAGUGAGUCUGGGUGUCGGAGCUUACAGGGAUGAUAAUGGCAAACCUUGGAUACUACCCAGUGUGAGGAAGGCAGAAGAAGCCAUAUUCAACAAAAAACUAAACCACGAAUAUGCUCCAAUCGCUGGGGAGGCGUCAUACUGUGACGCAGUGGCUAAGCUGGCUCUUGGAGAUGAUAGCUCUGUCAUUAAGGAGAAGACAAACUGUACAGUCCAGACACUAUCCGGCACUGGUGCGUUGCGACUGGGCUUGGAGUUCAUCAAGACGCACUACGCGAUGCCGAAGGAGAUCUGGUUGAGCAGCCCUACGUGGGGCAACCACCCCCAGAUUUGCAACCACCUGGGGUUAACGGUAAAGAAGUACCGCUACUACGACGCUAAGAAUAUCUCCUUCGAUAUCGACGGCGCUAUUGAGGAUAUCUGCACGAUGCCAGAAGGUUCCAUCAUUCUGCUGCACGCGUGUGCGCACAACCCUACUGGCGUGGACCCUACCAUGGACCAGUGGAAAAAGCUUUCAGAGGCGAUUAUGGCGCGCAAUGUGUUCCCGUUCUUCGACAUGGCGUACCAGGGCUUCGCGACUGGUAGUGUGGACAACGACGCGGCUGCAGUUAGGCUGUUCGUCGAGGCUGGCCACCAGGUCAUGCUAGCGCAGAGUUUCGCCAAGAAUAUGGGUCUGUACGGCGAGCGAGCGGGCGCGCUCACGUUCUUGUGCGGCGACGCCGACAGCGCGGCCAAGAUGAUGUCGCAGGUCAAGAUCAUGGUGCGCACCAUGUACUCCAACCCACCGCUCUACGGCGCGCGCAUCGUCUCCGAGAUCCUCAACACGCCUGAUCUUAAGAGCCAAUGGCUAUGCGACGUGAAAAUGAUGGCUGACCGCAUCAUCUCGAUGCGCAAGGCUCUGCGCAGCGGCAUCGAAGGCGCCGGCAGCAAGCGCAGCUGGAAGCACAUCACUGACCAGAUCGGCAUGUUCUGCUACACUGGGCUUAAACCCGACCAGGUUGAAAAGUUGACCAAGGAUUACCACAUUUACCUGACCAAGGACGGACGUAUUUCAGUCGCGGGAGUGACCACGAAGAACGUGCAAUACAUUGCAGAGGCCAUCCACAAGGUCUCCUCCUAAGCGCAAUGUUUGCACUGCCCUCGACAAAGUGACGUCAUUAACCCAUUGGACUACUCUACAACAAGAUUGAAUCUUAUUACGUUACACAAGAGUUCGCCUAAGUAAUAUUUUAGAGACAAAAACUUUAUUUUGUUUUCUAAGAAAAUAUUCAUGUCUCUAAAGAAAUCUAAGCCGACGCGAUUCUCGCCCAAAUUUAUGGAAAAAUGUUCUUGUAGAGUCGCCUUUUUACUGAGUAAGCGUGUUUAGUGAUGGAUAUGUACUAUGGUAAUGACAGCACCGUGACGUAAGCACUCAAUGAACUAUGAAGCCUAGCAAAAGGCUCGCAAAGAUUUAUUAGAUGAUGAUUUACGUUACAGUUGAAGUAUAAGGGGACAUAGGAGAAUUGAUCGCUAAAUAAGUUUAACACCUCCGACGGAAUGUUUAUAGCCGUGUUUCUUUCGAAGCGUCAUAGUAUUAUGAAUGGUCAAUGGCCUGAGGUCAGUGUCCUUGAAAGGGUUAACACGGCAGUGUCUAUUGUCGUGUCGCGUGUUACGUCACUAAGUCACGUUUGAACGAUUGUUCGUCGCCAAUGUGAAACAUAUCGAUGUACGAUUUUGAAGCAUUUUUUAAAUCAUGUGCUUUGCCUUUGUAUUGUAACAUGUGGUCGAGAUUUUCAGUUAAUCUUUUAUAAAUAUAAGUGAUAGUUUUACA